CUGUCAUUUACGGAUUUACCUUUGCUGUCAAAUUCUCCAUCGACGUAGUCGCCGAUCUCCGCCGGCGACGGUUCUCUCUCAUCGCGCAAUUGUCUCUCUCCUCAGAUCUCCAUGCUCUGGCACUCUCUCACUCACGAUAUUUCUAUCUGCAUAUUUAAUUUACUGACUUGCUCUCUCUAGAACCGGCGACGCAUUCAGGUUUUGGCAAAUUUUACUGAGUCUCAAUUGAGAGAACCAGAUAGAAAUGAGCGAUAUAAUCUCCGGAGUUUUUGAUACUCCGGGAACUGAAGCAUCUGCAGCGAAAGCGGGAACUGAAGCUUCUCGUAUUGCAGAAGUGAAGGCGUGGCUUUCCUCGCAAUUUGAUGCUGUUGGAAAAGAAGUCCCUGAGUUUGAGUACACUCCUCGCAGUGUCUCUCAUUUGUAUAACUUAGCAACUGUUUCACAAGCCAAUACCCAGGCUGCCGGCAUUGUCGCUAAUGAUUUCCGCCAAAAAGCCUCCGAGUACCGCUCGCAAGCUGCGAGGAUUAAGGAGAUAUUGGAAAAUGUGGGAUUAGCCCAGGAGAGUUUGCCAUCAAACGUGGUUGCAUCAGCACAAGUUCUUGCAAAUGUGGCGAAUUUGUUGAAUAUAAGAGACACUGAACUGAGUAGUUUUCUUGUAGCAGUGGGGGAUAUUUCUUUAAGAAAGAUUGGAGUGGAGGAGAAGAGGUCUAAAGUGCAGAAGGAAUCCAAAAUUCUUCUUGACUACACUCGGAAAGCCAUAGCAAGGCUAACGUAUUUAAAACGAACACUCGCGCAACUAGAAGACGAGAUUGCCCCUUGUGAGGCUCAAAUGGGGAAUUGGAAGACAAACUUGCAAGUCAUGGCGUCAAAGGAGCGCCAAUACCUGCAGCAGCAUUCGAACUACAAGGCACUUCUCAAUCGUGUAGGUUAUACACCAGAGAUUAGCCAUGGUGUGUUGGUCGAAAUGGCAGAGCACAGAAAAGAGCUGGAAAAGAAAACUAAGCCCAUCUUAGACACGCUGAGGAGUUACCAAGACUUGCCUCCGGAUAAAGCUUUAGCUGCUUUAGCAAUUGAGGACAAGAAAAGGCAGUAUGCUGUUGCUGAGAAGUAUCUGGAGGAUGUAUUGCAUUCAGCACUUUCAACCUCAGAUUAG